AAAAAAAAAACAACCUUCAUUUUCACGAGCCAUCAUAAUAUCAAGAACUUGUUCUAGUGUUCAACUGGAUCUAAAAGUUAAAGAUUUGCAAGUUGGCAAAAAUAAGUUUUCAAACAACAGGAGUGCAUAAAGAACCUUGUGAAGCUACAUAAACUUUAGAUAAGCAGUCUGGAAGGGCCUGAAUAAUUCAAACCAACUUGUUCUAGUGUUCAACACUGUCAGAAGAGGAGCAAAUCCCUUUUGCAGAUGCCAGAGCAACAAUAUUCUUGCAAAUAGACUUCAAGAUGGUGUUCAAGUAUUUGGAUCAAAUUUUAACAGAAAAAUAUAUUAUUUUUGCUAAAAUGUUGCUCAUGAAGAUGAGAGAUGUGUUAUUUGAAACAACUAUCUCAUCCACAUACGGAGUCAGAAGUAUUUCAUGGUGGCUUGUUAGGCUCCUAUUUCUUCAUCAGAGAGUUCUGGACGAGCGUUCUUCUUCUUUAUUUGAUUUACUGCAAGUGUUUAUGAGUGAAACUUUACAUCAUUUUGGCUCUUUGGAAAAAGUAACAAAUUAUUGGGGUUCCCAGUUGAAAGAUGAAGAAGUGUUUUCUAUUGUCUCAAUCGCCCAUCUGGAAGCAGGAGUAAUUGAGCACAUUUAUGGGAGGAUUGAUUCUUGCAGGCUACACUUUGAGUCAGCUGAAGUAGCAAGUGGGCUUCAGCUGUCUGUUACUGGGGUCCUAGGUUUCCGCACAGUUCAUCAGGUAGAACCAAAGGCACAAAUGGUACUGGUUGCUAACACAAACUCAUCAAACAGGGAUGAUUACUGCCCCUCUGGAAACUCUUGUCCCCAGACACAUAAAUCUGGUGGUGAUGAUGCAUCUGAUGUAUAUUUUACCCCAAAAUUGUUAGAGAAUAUUGAUGAAUCUGGAGCAAGAGGACUCUGCAACCUUGGUGGUGGUAGUGUCCCUCUAAAGCCAAUCCAACAAGCAGUAAUCCUGGCACGGUGUCUUCUGAUUGAAAAGAGCACCCGGCAUGAUGAAAUGCAAAGAUGGGAAAUGGCUCCAUACAUAGAGGCAAUUGAUUCUCAAGAGUCAAACUACUUCGCUGUAAGCAGAAAGAUACUGAAAUUGCUGCCCAAAUACAAAAAAAAGGUUACACACAAACGUCCAAGUAGAAAAAAGGUUGAGGGUGUUUGCAAGACCAAUCCUGGGGUUUCACGAAGAAUUCCUUUUUGCUAUGCAGUUCAUACACCGGCGACUCCUGCCCUGAAAAAGGAAUAUGGUGAGCUUUUAGUAAGCUGUGGCUUGAUCGGGGAAGCAAUUGCACUUUUUGAGAGUCUAGAGUUGUGGGAUAAUCUGAUAUAUUGCAACUGCCUAUUGGGAAAGAAAGCAGCAGCUGUCGAACUCAUCAAGGCAAGGCUUUCUGAAAUGCCUGAUAACCCAAGAUUAUGGUGUUCACUUGGUGAUGUUACAAAUAAUGAUGCCUGCUAUGAAAAAGCAUUGGAGGUUUCGGACAAUAAAUCUGCCCGUGCUAAGCGCUCUCUGGCUCGUAGUGCAUACAAUAGAGGUGACUAUGUGACAUCUAAAAUCCUAUGGGAGUCUGCCAUGGCUCUGAAUUCUUUAUAUCCAGAUGGUUGGUUUGCUCUUGGAGCAGCUGCAUUGAAGGCUAGAGACACUGAAAAAGCUCUUGAUGGGUUUACUCGGGCAGUUCAACUCGAUCCUGAAAAUGGGGAGGCUUGGAACAAUAUUGCUUGUUUGCAUAUGAUCAAGAAGAAGAGCAAAGAGUCAUUCAUUGCAUUCAAGGAGGCCCUGAAAUUCAAACGAAACAGCUGGCAGUUGUGGGAGAAUUACAGUCAUGUUGCUGUUGAUGUGGGCAAUAUUAGCCAGGCUUUGGAAGCUGUCCAGAUGGUGUUAAAUUUGACCAAUUAUAAAAGAAUUGAUGUUGAAUUAUUAGAAAGAAUAUUCUUAGAUUUGGAGGGAAGGACUUCAGCAAGAGAAUCAACUGCCCCUUCAGAGAUUGGAACUGAUACUAGUGCAAAUCAAGCUUGUCCAGCUGAUUCACGAGAAGAUUUUGUUAGUCCAUCAGCUUAUACAGAAGAUUAUUCGUCCCAGGAGAGUGAAUACCUAGUGGGUUUACUUGGAAAGGUCCUCCAGCAGAUAGUUCGCAAUGAAAGCACAGAAGAUAUAUGGGGCUUAUAUGCAAGGUGGCACAAAAUGAAAGGAGACCUUAGGAUGUGUUGUGAAGCACUUUUAAAGCAAAUUAGAUCGUACCAGGGAUCUGACUUAUGGAAAGAUAAAGAUCGAUUUAAAAGGUUUGCACAUGCCUCCUUGGAUCUCUGUAAAGUUUACAUAGAAAUUUCUUCAACUGCUGGUAGCCGCCGAGAACUCUUUGCAGCUGAGAUGCACCUGAAGAAUGUAAUUAAACAGGCUGAGAGGUUUUCGGACGCGGAAGAAUUUAGAGAUCUUCAAGCUUGUCUUGAUGAAGUGAAGCUGAAACUUCAGUCCAAUUCAUCUUCCACUUAACAGAUUGCAUCACACUUCUUGGAAGCUUCAUGAAUGAAUUCCUACCUAAAGUAGACAUGAAGCAGAGUGUUCUAAUAUCCCAGAAACGGGCCUGAGCUCUUCCAUAUGCACAAGGUGGUAGCAGGGGUGGUGAAAGCCAGGUCUCAUCAAUGUAGCUGACAAUGAUGGUAGACUCACACAAAGGGUUUCCCAUUAUGCAACAGUACCGGGACCUUCUUGUAAAUAGGGUUUGAGCUGAGCAGCAACUCACUCUUGGCUGUCAACAAAUUCUCCUCUGGUAUUGCCUUGUAGUUAUCCACGCCCUUCUCAGCCAGUGCAAUUUUCACUCUCAUGCAGAAGGGACUGACUCCGCAGUCCAAAAGAACAAGCUCCUUAUCAGCCAUAACUUCACCAGGCUAUUUCUUUUCUCUUUUGUUCUUCUUGUUGGAUUUAACUUGGGAAAAUAAGUGGUAAGGAGUGUUAUAUAUAUAGGAGAAGGAAUUCAUUAGUGGGUGAAAAUCCCAAAGAUUCUGUGAUUCCAAAUAUGUGUUGUUCUUUGUUUGCUCCCUCCAUUAGAGGGUAAAAUCAACCUUGUGAUUGUCAUCCACUUCAGCUUUCUGCUGCUGUUGGAAAUUAAGUUGAUUUUGUCUUGGAGCGAUAGAUUUGAUGCUGGAAGGCUGACCAAGACCUUAUCAACACUAAGUCAUGGAGUUCACAGUUUUAUACAUGAUGAUUAAAACUCCGAAAUGAGUACAUCAGAAGAAACAUGCAUCAUUGCCAUGUGAUUCUGGUUACAGUA